AGGCACAUUGUGAGGAGAGGCUCGUGACAGGCUUCAGAAACUUUUCCUGUCCACCUCUGUGGAAGCGCUCGGACCAGCUCUGCUGCACUUUCUGCGGAACUUGUUUCUCUCCGGAUGAUUUACGUCCAACUCGCGGCAGGUGAAGAUCAACGAGCCGCGCCCAGAAAUCUGCCGAGAACAGCCAGACAUUCCCUUUUUGUCCAUCUGAACAGGUGCUGCCAGCGUCCUAGAGCAACUCGUCUCAGGCUCCAUGGCCACCAACAUCACCCCUAAGGGCUGCGGCCAAAAUUUGGAUUCCAUUUAUUAUAAUCUUUGUAGCCUCAACGAUGUGUGGGGCAUUGUGGUGGAGGCCAUAGCAGCAGCUGGCAUCAUUUUCUCCUUCGUGCUCUUCAUCUCAGUGCUGGCCAACUUGCCCUUCGUUAAUGACUAUAACCGCAAGAGCUCAGUGGCUCUUCAUGCCUUCUUCCUGGUCUGCACUGCGGGUCUUUUUUGCCUAACCUUCACCUUCAUCGUAGGACGGGACUUCUCCACAUGUGCUUCACGGAGGUUCCUCUUCGGGGUGCUAUUUGCCGGCUGCUUCGCCUCUCAUCUGAUGCAGUGUGUGAGGUUGAACCUCCUGGCCAGACGGAACAGCGGGCCUCGGGUUUGGGUCUUGUGUCUUGGGGCAUUGGGGCUGUGGUUGGUGGAGGUGAUCAUCAACACAGAGUGGCUGGUAAUUACAAUUGUGCCCUUCAACGCCACAGCUAAUAUGAACAGAUCUAUGGCUGUACCUUGCGACAUCGCCAAUGUGGACUUUGUCAUGGCGCUGAUCUAUGUGAUGGUCCUGAUCCUGGCCGUGGUGGUGGCAAGUCUGACCAUCAUGAUGGGCAAAUACACACAGUGGAAGAAAGAAGGCACCUGCAUCCUUCUGACAAGCCUGUUCUCAGUGGGUAUUUGGGUGGUGUGGAUCGUCAUGUACUUGUAUGGGAAUGGGAAGACAGGCGGGCCAACGUGGGAUGACCCCACCUUAGCCAUUGCUUUGGUGGCAAAUGCCUGGGUGUUCAUCCUGAUGUACACCAUUCCUAAUAUCUGCUGUUUAACCAGUAACAAUGAGAAUGAGCAUGAUUACGAAGAAGAUCUUUACCCAAGCCAAGGAGUCGGAUAUGAGACGAUCCUAAAGGAACAGUCCUCCAAGAACGUGUACGUGGAAAACAAGGCUUUCUCUAUGGAUGAGCCCAACCAAGACAAGCCCGUGUCUCCGUACAGCGGCUACACCGGUCAGCUGCGUAGCUCAGUCUACCAGCCCACUGAGCUGGCUCUCAUUACCAAAGCAGUUGGAAAUCACCAGCAACCAUCAGGCUUGUCCUUUGACAUGGUCAUUCCCAGAGCUACCAUCGGCUUUGCGGCCAACAGCGGGAGCAGCACCCCCUCGACAUAAAAUGAGGCCGGGGACACAGCACAAACACAGAGAAGUGGGCAUGGUCUGCAAAGGACAUCCCAAUGGUGAACAUGCCACAGCUCUCCACACCCCAUCAGAGUAACUUUGGCUCACAUCGUCUUAUUUGUACUUGCUGAGUUUGUAUGUGCUUUUAUUCAUGGUUCCCUGAGCUGGCUCUAAGAGGAACCUUCAUCCCCUAUAUGUGGAGAUGAAUGAGAGGUCAUCCCACUGAUGGAAAACAGAUAAACCUCCUAUUGACUGAUUUAUUAUGUUUCUCUGGGUAUCAGACAGUCAAGAGUUUUAUUUGAAAGUCAAAGCGCAGGGAUGAAACUGCAGCUUUGCUGCAGAACAAAGACUUUGUGCAAUAGUUGGCUUUUUCUGACAGGGAAGUAUGAGCUCUCUGUUGGACCCAAUCACACAGAUGAAAGUGGCAUUGCUGAUGGCAGAAAAAUUGUGGAGGACAAUAGUCAAGAGUAAAUAUUUCACGUGUCUUUGACUUAAUGUGAUUUUCACUUUACACAUUAAAGAUAAAUUUCCUACUUGGUUUAACAUUCAAACAACAGGAGGAUUGCAUUCAUUUAGACUAGAAGGAUAUUUUGUACAGUUAAGUUUAAUUAUUGACGUCACUGUAUAUUUUUUGUGCUUGGUUGUGGAUAUUGUCAAUCACGAAGUUCACUCAUGAAAUUAAGCUACUGGUUUAGAAUUAAUGUAAAUGUAUAAUGUUGUUAAUGUGCCAUUGGUUUUAUGUUGCAUGAAAGUAUUGGGUAAAUGUAUAUAUUUAAUACUGCUUAAAGCACUACUGAGACCUUACUUUUACUUUAAUUAAUUCUUGUGGGUAUGUCAUUUUAAGAAAUAUAGAAAACUGAUAUUUUUUUCUUCAAUUUUGUCAUUCUUGAAAGAAGAGCUUAUCAUUGAAUCUAAAGUUACAAAUGGCAGCUUUACAUAUAAGAACUUUGUGCUAUUUUCUGAGCUAAAUUAGUACUGGCUGACACCACAUAUGGGGUAUUUUACUAUGUUAACUACCAGAAUCUGGCACUAUAUUAAAUUUUAGCUGUUAAUUACCUUUACCAAUAAAAAUGUCUAUAAUAAUGUCUAUACCAUUAGCCUUAAAAUUCCACAAUUUAUAUACAAAAUUUGUUGAUAUAUCAUCAAAAUGCAAUUGAUCUUUUUUACAGAGUAACUGUAAUGAAAUCUAUAUCUAAAGCCAUAGGCAGUGGAUACAUUAGCAUAAAUAUGAUAGUAUUAGCAAUGGCGUUCUGUCAGGGCAAGCAAGGUAAGCAGUGCUUGUUCAGUGAAAUCUAAAAAAAAUAAAAUAAAUUUAAGUGAAAAUUAUCUCUUUGUAUCCAUCCUUUAAAUUACAGCCAUCUUAUGGCCACAGUUGGCUGUUGUCUCUGGAAGCAGGCUUAACUCUGCUUGACUCCAAUUCCACUGAAAUCUGUAGUGCCUGUUGUUCUGUCCAUACCCUGAUAACAAAAGCUUUAGCUGGGAAAGGUGAGAGGCCAGCAGCUUUUUCUGGUUGUUUUUGCACGUGCAUUGAGGAUAAACCUCUGGAUUUUGAUGGGAGACUGAUGAAGAUUAGCAUGCUAUACAACCUCCUGCUGGCUAUGCUUUCACUGUUCUGAGAUCAGCUCAGAUAUCUGUACGUUUGGGAACAGAGGGUUAGUGAGUAAACAAGUGCUCUUAUUUAUCAUCUUAGAUAAGUUUUCUCUUGCUAAUCACCUUAAGCAACAUACGAUAUAGAGGAGUUAGAGUGUCAUGUGAAGUUCUUACUAAGCCCUUCAGAACAUUAGCAAGGAAAGCCUGUCUCCUACCAUAAAUGGUUGAAUAGAAGAGGCAAACUGAACAGGUACAGGCUGUACCAACAUUUUAAGAUGACUCUCUAUGGGAUACAAGUCAGUUGAUUAAAUGUACUAAGUUUAACCAGUUGUUCUGCUAAUAUGCCACCUCAAUUUACAAGUCAGUCUACAUUCCUAUCCUAAUCGAUGGUCAAGACCUUUGGGUAGUGACACCUUGAACUCCAGAUAAACAGCAAAAAAAAAAAAAGUCUGGAUUUGUAAUUUCCCUGUAGAUAUUGAAAGUUGUCUCAUAGUGCUCCAGCCCUUUAAUUUAGCUCUGAUUAUUUAAUUUUAUUGUCAUUUUGUUAUAUUAUCAUCUCUGCUUACCUUUCUGUGAACAUCACCACACGCCACUGGUGUGAAGCAUAGCUACACUGAAGUCGUUGUCAUAGUUAAGUAACACUAAGAUUUAAUGAUGUGAAAAAUGUACCAGCAUGUAAUUGCCCUUUAUCUGCAGUAGACCAACAAUAUCUACUAUAUAUUGACACAAAAACACAUGAAAGAAACCUUUUCAGAGGAAAACGUGUCUAGCUGAGGCUAAGCAAAGAAAAGUGGACUUCAGUGCCUUUAUUGUUUGGAAUUACAUAGACUGUAGGCACAGAUUGUUUCUAAUGUACAGCAAAUAAUAAUCCACUUGUGAUGUUAUAAAUCAUGUGUUUUCUAAUUUUUUAGAGAGUGCAAUACAACACUAGAAUGAAUGAAAAUCAUACUGCAUGUACAAUAGUCUGAUGCAGGAGAGAGAAUUGCUAAUAUGUACACUACUGCCUAAGAAAGCAGAUGGCUUUGCUUGAAACUGAACUACGUUUUGCCACAGUAAUACAAAU